AUGGCGCUUCCCCGUUCCCUCCGCCGGCUGCUGCUCUCUUUCCUGUGGCCGCGCCCGACGCACGCGCCGCCGGAUGAGUACGCCACCAAUUACCGCGCGUACUACGCCCCAUCGAAGAAGCGCCCGCGCCGCGCGAGAAGGCAGCUGCGCCCGCCGUCCGUGUGGGCGCGCCUGCCGCUGCUCAUGCUGUACCUAGUGCUUACUCUGUGCGUGGUCGCGAAACUUUCAGGCAAGCAAAUUUCUUUUGCCUUUCGCAGAGAGACGGAGGGCAGAUCCGUGGGCACCACGAGAAUACCACCCCAGUCGAGAGGGGAGACGAGAGUCGUCGCUGUGCAGGCCGACCAUGUGGUCGAGGGUAUGCGCCCGCCGCAGUUUGGCGAGGAAGAUGCUGGGGAGGGGGGUGGUGCGCGUGGACAGGAGACGGCGGGAACUUUGCACGCUUUGGAUGACUCUUUGGCGAGCGGAGAUGAUGACAUGGACGAGGCGUCUUUCUCGAACAGUCGUAGCAGCAGUCCCAGCCGCGCAUCCGCACAAAAGUCGUAUUCGCUUUCCCCUGCUGCACAGAUACUGCAAGCACGGGACCAUGUGCAGAACUUGUCGAAGGAGCGCCACGCGGUUGAAGAGAGGGAGAUCGGGACGAGGACGUGCUACCAUUCGAGCAAGACGUCAGACGCGGUGUGCGUGCAUGUCCCGUUUUGUGUCAGGCAUAAUAGUAUCGUGUAUAUGAGCGAUACGUUGAAGUGCGCGCCUUAUUCGAAUAAGCAAGGCACGCUGGGAACGCUUUCGAUGGGGAGAUGUGUCGAGCUUGAGAGGGAGCUGGAGACGGAGGCGCAGAUUGAACAAGUUGAGCAUAAGCCGAAGAGCUGGCUCGAUUCCGUGAAUAGCGACGGUAAUAUUCUUUGGUUUGAAGGGGAUUCCGUGUUUGUUCGUAUGGGUGUGAAAUGUAAGAGUGUCAUGCACUUUGUCAACCGAAUUUUUAUGCUCCAUCAUGUGCUCCAACACCCCGAAAGGUAUGGCAUGGGUGGUGUUAGUAACGUCGUUGUGGCUGCAGAUGAAUCUGUAGCAAAGAAAAUUCGUUAUACUAAGAGCUGGCAUCACGGACUUUUGAAGGCUAUAGUACAUCCCAACAAACUGCAUUUUGGUCAUAAGGGGAUGCCAGAAAUGGUCACUUCAGUGCCGUCGACGCCUGGGGAGAUUCGAGUAUUCGUGCCGUCUGGAUUGUGGGAUCUCGCCAAGGGCAAGCAUGUUCCGUGCUUCAGAAGAGCCGCUAUUCCAGGUUCGCUCAAAACUCAAUUCUUUCUCUCCGAGGAUGUCUUCCCCGGCGUUGUCGAGACGGGCGCGGAGACUUCGCCGACCAAGUAUCGGGAUGCCGAUGUGUUUCGGACAUUAUUGUUCCAGUCUCUUGGACAUAGCAGCCCGCCCAAGAUGAAGAAAGAGAUUUUAUAUCUGCACAGGACGUCGACGAGGACGUUUACCCGUGCGGGACAGGACAUUUUGGAAUCGACGCUCACAGAACUGGCCAAGCAGGGUGGAUUUGAGUACCGGCUCUUGGACGUUGCAGGAAUGACUUUCCCGGAGCAAAUCGCGGCCGUGGCGGGCGCAGGUGUCGUUGUCGGGGUACAUGGGACGCAGAUGCUGAACACAUUGUUCCUGCCUGCCGGGGCUGCGAUCGUAGAAAUUUUCCCUUCUGGCCUAUCGAACAACAUGUUUGUAGGUGGCAGCGGGGCUGGUCUGCACUACGCGCGGUACCAAUUGCUCAAGGGGGACCCCUUUCCGCAGCUGUCAGAAUUUCAAGGACUGGGGCACUGCUUGAAGGUGAGUCGUGAGUGCCGGACGUGGUAUCAAUCGGACAAUCGCAAGCUUAGCUUUGGAAUUCUGGACGCUGCGGCGGCCGGUAGCAUUGUGCAGGAAGCGAUCUCCCACGUCGCAAAGUCUCUGUGA